CUGCUCUCUUCUUCUUUAUCUUUUUCUUCCGUUCCAAACUUCCAAUCAUUCACAAUUUCCAGCAAUCGUGGUUGAUGGAAGCUUACUAUUACUACUGCUACUACUAUCCGCUCCGGUCAUCUCCAUGUCCCUUCUUCUUUGUCCGCCCAUUCUUCGUUCGAUCUCUCUUCUCGUUCAGAAAGGCGCUUCGAUCAAAGGCGAUUCGAUCUCUCUUCUCGAUCAGAAACCACAGCGUCAAAUCGAGGUUUUUCUUCCUUCCCCGCCUUAUCCCAUCAGUCCCAGAUCGUUCGAUCUCUCCGCAUUAUCUCAUCAGAAACCCUAGCGUUUCUUUUUCUUUCAAGAUCGUUCGAUCUCUCCGCAUUAUCCCAUCAGAAACCCUAGCGUCAAAUCUCGAUGUGACCCAAAGGUUUAGGGAAAACUUGUCAGCUUUGUUUCCCAAGAAAGAAGUAUCAAUCAGCUAAUAAUCAUGAUUGGGCGGAUCGCGCUGGCAUCCUUGGAAAAGGUCGCGGACAGCUUGUUGGGUGCCUUGGUCGGGAAGGCCGUCGAUGUAGCUGUGCAACAGUUCUGUGAGCAGCGUGGAGUUGAAGAUGACCGCAAGCAGCUGCAGGAUUCUCUCGAUCACGCCAGGUUGAUCUUAGGCACCAUCGAAAACGUGCGGAUCAAAGAUGAGGUCCAGCAGCGGAUAUUGAAGGAUUAGCUGAUACUCUUCAAGGAUGCCACUUAUGAUGCUGACAACUUAUUUGAUGAAUUCCGAUAUAGAAUUCUUACACAGCAGAUCGAGCAGCAAGGAUAUGAGGCUGGUAACCGAGCAUCGUCUUCCUCCAACGCUGUUCCCUCUCCGAGCAAAAGAACAGAGACUUCAAUUUCUAGUUACAUCAGCGGCCUUUCUGGAAAAGGAGAUGAUGAUGAUGAUGAUGUGCAGAGAAUGAGGCAAAUAAAGAGGAAGUUAGAUAACAUCUCAGUUGCUUUUGAGAAAAUUUGCAGUUUGGCAGACGCAGAAGAUGAUAGAGGUAGUAUACAAUUGCUGUCCUUGGCGAGCCAGCACAUGGGUGGUGAUGUGGAUGCCAUUCAUCUGGAAGGUCUGGAUGAGGAAAGGUUAUGGAAAUUUUUCAAGUAAUGUGCAUUUGGUUCUUCAAAGAGUGAAGUUCAUUAUCCUCAUUUAGAACCCAUGGCGAAGAAGAUGAUGUGCAUGUUAAAGGGAUCGCCACUUGCAGCAAAGAUUCUAGGAGGAUUGUUGAGCAUGAAGUUGGAUGUGCAACACUGGAAAAGCAUUUUAGAUAGUGAACUAUGGCAGCUUCCCCAAGAAGAAAAUGGGAUUAUGUCAGAGCUACAACUGAGCUAUCAAUAUCUUCCUCCUCAUCUUAAGCAAUGCUUUGAAUUUUGCUCCUUAUUUCCUAAAAAUUAUAGAUUUUCAGAAUCUGAGUUGAUCGGUCUUUGGAUGGCUGAAGGAUUCAUAGAGCCUCAAGAAAGUAUCAGAAUGGAGGAGCUAGCAAGCAACUACUUUCAUGAGUUAGUUAACAGGUCAUUCUUUCAAAAGUCAAAGGAUAGAGAUUUUAUAAUGCAUAAUCUCAUACAUGAUCUUGCAGAACUCUCAUCUGUGGGUGAGUUUUACAGGAUUGAAAAGGACAAGUCUUGUGAAAUUCCUACUACAAUUCAUCAUCUUUCGAUGCACGAAGAAGGAUGAGGAGGUAUGCAGACAAGACAUUCAACAAAAUUUUCUUGUUACAAUAAAUUACGAACGCUGAUCUUGUCAAGAAGGUAUACUAGCAACAGUUUGCUUGUUGACAAGAUCAGCGUUCGUAAUUUAUUGUAACAAGAAAAUUCUAUUGAAUGUCUUGUCUGCAUACCUCCUCCUUCUUUGUGCAUCGAAAGAUGAUGAAUUGUAGUAGAAAUUUCACAGGACUUGCCCUUUUCAAUCCUGUAAAACUCGCCCACAGAUGAGAGUUCUGCAAGAUCAUGUAUGAGGUCAUGCAUUAUAAAAUCUCUAUCCUUUGACUUUUGAAAGAAUCUUCUUAUAAUAAAUUACGAACGUUGAUCUUGUCAAGAAUGUACACUAGCAACAGUUUGCUUGUUGAUUGCGGCAUUUUGGAAAAAUUAAAAAAAAAUCGUAUUCUUGUCGUGAGUUUUUGUGCUUUGGAAGAGCUACCUGAUGUUAUUGGCAAGUUGAUACAUCUACGUUAUCUCGACGUAUCUUACAAUUGCAACAUUCGAAGAUUGCUCGAGUCAUUAUGUGACUUGUGCAAUCUACAAACGUUGCUAUUAUAUGGUUGUCACAACUUAGAAUGUCUCCCACAUGGCAUGAAGAAAUUGAUUAGCUUGAGAAAAUUUGAUGGAGCAAGUAAGUUUAUUCCAGAGAUAACAGAGGUUGAGAAGCUUGCUUCUCUCCAAAAUUUGCGUACUUUCAAAGUCCCGAAGGAUAGUGGGCACAAGCUUAUUGAAUUAAAUGGUUUAAAACAGCUCCGAGGAGGACUACAUAUAACUAACCUUGAGAAUGUGGAGAACACAGUCGAAGCAAGUCUUGCUAGUCUGAAAAGUAAAGAACAUCUCAAUCGGUUGGAGCUAGAAUGGACACCUUCACAAGAAUCCGAUACAGGUGUUAGUUUGCACAUCUCAGAGAAGGUGCUUGAAGAACUCCAGCCAUAUCUCAAUCUAUGUAGUAUGACAAUCAGAGGAUAUAAUGGUGCUGGAGCUCCCAAUUGGCUACAGGAACAAGUAUAUUCUAGAUUGGAAUUUCUCUGUCUUGAAAAUUGUAAAAGGUGGAAGGAUCUAUCAGUAGAACCAUUGAUUAAUUUGAAUUAUUUAACAAUUAACAAUUGCAAUGAGUUGAGAUCAGUAGAAGGGCUAGGAAUAAAAUCCCUCCAGGUCUUGACGAUUAUAGGAUGUCCUAAGCUUCUACUUUCUCAAGGAGAGGCACAAACAGAGAAAUCGUCACUGAGGGAGUUAGUGAUUGAUGACACAGCGUUUAUGCAACAAUCUCUCAUAAAAAAUUUUCUAUCAUCUGUGGAACAGCUUACAAUUUCAUUCUCUUGUAAAGCAGUGAUAUUUGAGGGAGUAGAUGUGGAGUCAUUGCAAAGCUUGACAUCUCUCCAUUCAUUAUGUUUCUCCUGUUGCAAGAAUCUACAAUCCCUGCCAACGAAGUUGUACACCCUUACGUCCCUUCAGAGUUUGCAGAUAUAUGAUUGCCCACAAAUUCAAUCUCUGCCACAGAAGGGGUUGCCUCCUUGCCUUACAAAUUUAGAUUUUGAAGGCUGCAAUCUAGCACUGGAGCAGCAGUUGGGAAACCACUUGGUGGAGAUUAAGAAGUCGUCAUUAACAACGCUAUAUACUUAAGCCAUGGAAUACCACUCUCCAUUUCACCAUUAUCUGAGAAUGGUUAUGUGGAGGAAAAAUCAUUUUGGAAGCUGCUAUUCUCACAGCAGUUGUGGUGGUUAGUCUUACUCUGUACACAUUCUGGGCAGCUAGGAGGGGCCAUGAUUUCAACUUUCUUGGCCCGUUUCUUUUUGCUGCCGUCUUGAUGUUUUUUUUGCUCUCAUUCAGGUUCUAUUUCCACUUGAAAAAUUGUUGACGAUGAUAUACGUGACCUGGCAGCCUUGGUGUUUUCCGGCUACAUAUUAUAUGACAAUCUGAUCAAACGAUUUACCUAUGAUCAAUAUAUCUGGGCUGCCGUUUCACUGUAUCUUGACAUUGUCAGUUUGUUCCUUUCGUUACUCACUUUGCUCAGAGCCAUCAAUUGUUUGGCAGAGACAAAGAUCUGCAAGAACUCAAGGAUUUAUUGUUGAAACCAGAAGUUACAUCUGAAUUUGGACAGAGUGGAGAGUCUGUUUUGUCUAUUACUGGUAUUGGAGGGAUUGGGAAGACCACUCUUGCUCAGAAAAUCUUCCAUGACAGCAGCGUGGAAGAUUACUUUAAACUCAGAAUUUGGGUCAGUGUUUCUAAAAAUUUCUGCAUAGAUAUGUUAAUCAGAAAAAUUAUAGAGUAUGCAACCAAGGAGAAGUGUGUUCUCAUGAAUUUCACUGCUCUUCAAGAGGCUCUCAAGGAGAAGAUCAUGCCAGAGAGAUUUCUUCUUGUAUU